GUCCUCACUGUGAGCGAGCCUGGGAGUGGCAGGAAGGAGAGGCAGACAAGAAGGAAGCAGAAGAAGAAAGAGGAGGAAAACGACAAAGAGGUCGAGUGAGUGACGGGCGAAUCAGGAUUGUCUUCUGAAUAUUAACGCAGCAUCGUUUCAGCAGUUUGUGUCUCCGUCAGCAUGGCUGAGGGCGCAGCGUCUGUAGCAGAGGUGGAGACCGCCUUCCAGAAGUUCGCGGUCCAUGGAGACACAAAAGCCACAGGGAAGGAGAUGAACUGCAAGAACUUCGCUAAGCUUUGUAAGGACUGCCGCGUCAUCGACGGCAAGAACGUCACCACCACGGAUGUGGACAUUGUUUUCAGCAAAGUCAAGGCCAAGUCGGCUCGUGUGAUCACGUUUGAACAGUUCAACCAGGCUCUGACGGAGUUGGCUCCCAAACGCUUCAAAGGCAAAAGCAAAGAGGAGGCUCUGCAGCAGCUCUACGGCCUCAUCGCUGGCAAGGAGCCUGCCAACGUUGGAGUCACAAAAGUGGCAAAGGCAGCAGCAGUGGACAGACUGACGGAUACGACUAAAUACACGGGAGCCCACAAGGAGCGUUUCGAUGACUCCGGCAAAGGAAAAGGAAAAGCAGGACGUGAGGACAUCCCAGACUCCAGCGGCUAUGUGGCGUCUUACAAGGGCAGCGGCACUUAUGACUCCAAAGUAAACGAAGCAUAACUCAGAAAGAGCGGGAAACUGGUCAAAUGAAUCAAUCCACUCAGGGUCCGAAAUUAACCUUUUUGGUGGCAGGUAGAUGAAAAAAAAUCACAUUUAAUUGAGUUAAUAAGGUGUUAUUUUCCGUUGGAUUGCAACACAGAUUUAAGACGCGGAAAUUGAUGAAUAUUUUAUUUGCUCGCCUUUAUUUUUUUUAAAGUAGAAGUGCCCACGCCGCCCGUGUGGACUACGUUCAUCAAUAUUACAAACGCAAAACAAAAAUCCACAUGUGAAAAAAUAAAUUUGCUUUUAUCUAUAAAAACAAGUAGCCUACAUUUCUCGAUUUAGGCAGCACACCCUUUUAGCGGAUGUGUGUGUGUGUGUCGCUGGCUGCUCCAGAGGACUGUUGCAGUCCUAAGUGAAACGGGAAGCGUGAAUUUAGCGUGCACUGUAUCUUCAGUGUUCAGAUACAACGCAGCGCUGUGAGGAGAAGUUCACAGACUACAGCAGGCUGUGGUGGCAUAAUGUUACUAUAAUUAAGUCACUGAUUGUUGAUGAAUGCAGGCACGGCUGGAGUGACUGGCGAAUAUUUGAACAGACCGUUUGACCAAAUUAACUUUGUUGUGAUGCACUAAAAGAGAACAAAGUAACAUGGUGGCUGGCGUUCCUGUGUGGGUCCUAUCAGCAUCCCCUAAUGACGCUCCGACAGCAGAGGAGCAGGAGAAAAGAGCGGCAGCUAAACACACUAAAAACUGGUUAUAUAAUACAUGACUAUUUGGCUACAAACAUUCCGCCGCCAUGUGGCCAAACGAGUACGUAGAUCAACCUGCAUUUGGCACCUGGAGGGUGUUAAUUUCGGACCCUGCUUCCACUGCACCAUGAUUGAAGUUUAAAGACUUCAUAAGUGGCCAGCUGGAUAGCUGAUAAAAGAGAGAGAGAGAGAGAGAGAGAGAGAGAGAGAGAGAGAGAGAGAGAGACACCAUUUCCUGAAGAUAAUCCAAAGAUAGUAAGAAACAUGUAUUUGCAAUAAGUAAAGAUAUAUUAAAGGGUUGUAGCAUGACCUGUAAUGGUUUUCUGAACAUGAGCAGAGAUUUGAGUUGGAGGUAAAGAUAAAAAUUUAUUUCUAAACAAGCAUGCAUUUAGGACACUAACUCUGCUUCUAGUAGAACUUAACACUGUGCCUUACUAAUGUAGCCUAGAGGAGGGAGGCUUUGUGGUGCUUUUCCUCUGCUGUUAUAUUUCUGCUGCUUUGUGAGCUUGCUAAUAUAUAUAUACAUGUCAAUGCCUUUUGCAUCAAAAUGAAUUGGCGGCCAUUAUUCGUCUUGCCUUGGAAUUUUCCACACCUUAAAAUGUAACUUAUACUUACAAGUAGAGCAUGAAGAACAAUGUGAUAAGAAUUGAAGAGGAUGAUACGGUACUGAUGAGACAGAGGACAUAUUUCCACCUUUUCAAACAGUCCCCUGUGGUCUAAAUGAAACAUCUGUGCGGUCCUUUGGUCAAAAUAUAACAUGAAUCAAGCACCACAGGAGGUUUGUGAGCAUUUUUCUCUGUGUUGUAAGACUUAUGCAGACCACAAACAAAGGACUGGAUGGGUUUAUUUCAUAUUUUGUGGGUCGGUAGACUCUCAGGUUCCCCAAAUAUACGUUCAAAAACACUGAAAAAGUGGAUUUUUCAUAAUAUGUCCCCUUUAAAUUACCUGUAAGCAUGGGAUGUGUGGAGAUGUCUCCACACAUCCCCUGUCUCCCUGUCUCUUUAAAGGCCCUCCUCCCCACUUGCCCACUUUCUUCCAAUUGGCCAGCUCUGUUUUCAUUCACAGGGAAAGUUGAGUGAGCUUCCAGGUUCAGGUUAAGUCUCGUAAUGUUCUCGUAAAGUCUCGUUCAGAGCAGCAGGAACCCAUGUCCAGGGAUUAAGUUUUGACAAACAAAAGCAGGUCUCAAGAUCAAAUGAGUGAUUUUUAGCCUAAGAUAAAACUUCUAAAUUGAUAUGACACAUGAUAUUAUUUACUUGACAUGUCUGUAUCAUCAAAAUACAAGAAAACUAAGAUGCUAAAGUACAGAUUAUGAAUUUGUAUCCAGAAAUAGUGUACAAAUAUUUGGUAAAUUAACUCCUAUAAACAGAAGUGAGCUCUAACAGGUUCAGUCUGUGUUCUGUAUAUUUGAGCGAUAUACCGUAUUUUAAACGUUGUUUUGAUGCAUAUUGAUUGUACGGACUUGUCUGAUGCAGCCAUAACUCUUUGUUUACUGUGUGAGGAAAUAAAAAGGACAUCAAAUA